UCCAAUUCCCGCCUCCGGCGAAUUCCGAGUAGCUUUGGCGCGGGUCUGCGGCGUGUGGUUCCCUUCGCUGGUCCAGAGGACGCUUGGGGUGCUCAACGCGGGUCAAGUCAGUCGGCGGAAUGGACCCCUUCCGGUUGCAGGGCAACCUUUCAGGGAAGAAAAAAUCCACAGCAUUCCGUAGUACUAGACUAAUCCCUAUGGAAACCUCUUCAUCCUCUGAUGAUAGCUGUGACAGUUUUGGCUCUGAUAAUUUUGCAAACACAAAACCAACCUUCAAGCCAGAAGUUGUGGAAGAAAUGGCUAAAAUAUUUUAUGAGGAUUCAGAUGAAGAAUCUUUCUGUGGUUUUUCAGAAAGUGAGAUUCACGAUGUGCUGAAACUGGGGAUGGACUCUGAAGAAGAUGGAGAGAAAUGUUUACCUAAAUGGCCCAAGAAAAGACCAGCCCCCCUUAAAGUUGCUCUGAAGUUCCCACCACGAAGGUCUAAGAGGGGGAAAAGUGAAACGGUUCCAGCUUCAGAACCUUCCUGUAAACGGGAGUCAGAGUCAGAAUCGGAAGAAGAAAGAGGCCCCAAAUUCUUGGAGAGAAGAGCUUUAAAUAUAAAGGAGAACAAAGCCAUGCUUGCAAAGCUAAUGGCAGAAUUAAAAAGCGUGUCUGGAAUUUUUACUGAGAGAGGUCCACUAGCAACUCCUACUCUGAAAGCCCAGCGUUGUCCAAGGAAAUCAGUUCCCAGAAGCACUCUAAGGAGGAAUCCAGAAAGACGUUCUAGGCCUCACACAAGGUCCAGAUCCCUAAUUGAAGGUCCUCCAAAUCCCAUGCCUAUGGAGGAGGAGGAGGAUCCCUAUGCAUUAGUGAGAAGGAAAAUGUCUGAUGAUUUUCCUGAGGAUGAAAGGGACACUCCCAGAAGAAAGCGCACUAGUGCUAUGACUCUUCCCCACGUCAUCCGUUCAGUGGAAGAAAUAACCAAGGAAGAGUUGGAUAAUAUCUGUGAGACUGUCAAAGAUAAAGUUUACAACCGUGCAACAGGUUCUACUUGUCACCAGUGUCGUCAGAAAACGACAGAUACUAAGACAAAUUGUCGGAACCCAGAGUGCUCUGGAGUACGCGGCCAAUUCUGUGGGCCUUGUCUUCGUAAUCGUUAUGGAGAAGAAGUCAGGGCUGCCUUGUUGGAUCCAAACUGGUACUGCCCACCUUGUCGUGGGAUCUGCAAUUGUAGCUUCUGCCGGCAGCGGGAAGGGAGGUGCGCUACUGGUGUCUUGGUUUACUUAGCCAAGUAUCAUGGCUUUGACAAUGUCCAUGCUUAUUUGAAAAGUCUGAAACAAGAACUUGAAAUGCAAGAAUGAACUUCUGAAACAAUUCUGGAAUCAUCUUCAGUACAUAUGCUUAGACUAAUUGUCUGAUUUGAGGAUUCACUUUUUUUAAUGGUUGGCAUUU